AUGGCUCAAAUUCAAGGUGCCUAUAAUGGUUGGGAUCAUGCCCAUGCUACAUUUUAUGGGGAUAUCAAAGGUGGCCAAACCAUGUCUAAACGGUGCAUGGUGCAUGGUGCAUGUGGUUACAAGGACUUAUUCAAACAAGGAUACGGUCUAGAAACAACAGCCUUAAGUACGGCACUCUUCAACAAUGGAUCUACUUGUGGAGCUUGUUUCGAAAUAACUUGUGUAGACUUGCAAUGGUGCAAGAAAGGCGCUAGUCCGAUUCGCUUUACCGCCACCAAUUUCUGCCCUCCAUAUUACAAAGAAACACCACAAGCAUGGUGUAAUCCGCCUCGAAAACAUUUCGAUUUAUCAAUGCCUAUGCUUCUUAGAAUUGCUCAAUAUAAAGGUGGAAUUGUACCUGUUCAUUAUAGAAGGGUUAUAUGUCAAAAAAAGGGUGGUGUUAAAUUUGAACUUAAGGGAAAUCCAUAUUGGUUAAUGGUUUUGGUUUAUAAUGUUGGGGGUGUUGGAGAUAUUGUUGGGUUAAAUAUUAAGGGUGGCUCCCAAUCUAGUUGGGUAAAUAUGAGUAGAAAUUGGGGACAAAAUUGGCAAACUUGGGCAAGGUUACAAGGUCAAAGUCUUUCAUUUCAAGUUGUUACAAGUGAUGGUAAGAUGUCUUUGUUUAGUAAUAUGGUACCUAGGGUUUGGAAAUUUGGUCAAACUUAUGAGAGUAAGAUUAAUGUUAAUUAA